GGAUCAGUUGGUGACGCAAACAGGAAGUCCUCUGUAGCGGAGACCCUCGGUCCGCCUUCACGUUCCUGUGAAGGUGUCAAGCAGCCGUUCAGGGUGAAUGACGGCUCCAUCGGAGCUAAUGCUAACACAGCUAGCAAAGCUAGCCGAAGCUGAAGUCACGUCACUCUUCUGCUCCAGGAGGAUUCUCACACUUCGUUCAUAUUGUCAGGACUUUUUUUUAACGGCUCGGUUCACCGUGAAGUCAUUCCUCUGAACACGACAGUACCGGCUGAGGAGAAGGAGCAGACGAUGAGAUGAACUCAGUGAAAGUGGAAACAGACCAAAGCGAGGAGGAGUGUCAUCAACGUCCUGCUGAAGGCGGAGCGGCACUGAAGCGGAGCGGCCGUCAGUCAAAGCGGCGUCAUAGCUGUUUGGAAUGUGGCCGGGUGUUUUCCCGCCCGUCCCGGCUGGCCGACCACAUGAACUCUCACUCUGGAGUGAAACCGUACAGCUGCUCCGUGUGCGGGAAGCGCUUCACCAAGAAGGUGAAUGUGGCGACGCACCAGCGGGUUCACACCGGAGAGAAGCCGUACCGUUGCCCGGACUGUGGGGCGAGCUACGCCCAGCCGGGCUGCCUGCGCAGGCACCAGCUCCGGCACGCAGCUGAGAAGCCGCAUGUGUGCUCGGCGUGCGGCCGCGGCUUCUUCCAGCGGCGCCACCUGGUCCAACACGAGCGGACGCACACCGGAGAGAGGCCCUACCGCUGCCCACUGUGCCCCAAGAGCUUCGCCUCCAGGACCGGGUUCUCCGGCCACCAGAAGACCCACGCGGAGGGGAACCUCCACCGCUGCUCCUUCUGCGACAAGGUCUUCUCCACGGCGUCCUCCUUCAGGGACCACGAGAGGCUCCACACAGGACAGAAGCCUCACCGCUGCUCGCUGUGCAGCAAGAGCUUCAACCGGCCCGGCCUGCUCAGGAAGCACCUGCAGACACACGCUGAGGGCAACGAGCGGCUUACUGCUGGAAAGGAGUUCUGGCUCAACAUAAAGACUGAAAAUGAACAGGAAGUUGUGAACGAGAAGGACUCAGAGGACCUUUCUACCAGACCUCUACCUGGUGGUAACCCUAGCCACGGUGACCAGGACACCUCGCUGAAGACGGAGGAGGAGGAGGAAGGAGAGGAGGAGGAAGGAGAAGAGGAGGGAGGAGAGGAGGAAGGAGACGUGAGCGGUUUGAUAAACUCUGACGGAGAAGAAGAGGACUGGAGGCCUCUGAGCGGUUAGUGUUGAUCAUCUGACGGCUGUUUAAUUUCAGAGCUCUGGUCAGCAGCAUCCACACUAAUCUGCUCUGGUUGAUUUUAUGUUUUGGCAUCUCAAACCCUGUAAAUGUCAGGCGGUGCACCUGUCCUAGCAGAUGAACAGUCUAAGAAAACUAUUAAAAAAGGUAUUUAAAUGAUAAUAAAUUCAAAAUAAAAUACUAUGGCAUUCUUUUAUU